AAAACAUCCGAAAAAUUAGCCGAACCUCGCCCUGGAUCCAUCGCUCUUUUGGUUGAGCGCACGGACGUGGAUGAAAGUACUGUACUUAUCUUUACCUCGUAAAAAAACAAGGCAUUUUCUUCUCUGUGGUACAGAACCAUGAACGACAACAAGGAAUUUGCAGAUGUGCAGUCUGAGAAGGGGGCACGAGAAGUCAAGAUCGCAGUUAUUGGUGCGGGAGUGGCUGGACUGAUCGCCGCAAAAGAGCUGGUUUCCGGAGAACGGCUAGGCGGCAACGUGCAUGUCGAUCUGAUAGAACAAGGCGAGCGUGUCGGUGGGCGAGUACAAACUGAAGAAUAUCUGACGGAUCAAGGCGAAACUUUCCUUCUGGAUCACGGAUUCCAGGUGCUUCUAACCGCGUACCCGGAGGUGCGCCGCCAUCUGCGUGAACUCUUGUAUGCCCGGCUUGAUAACUGCUACGUCUUAUUCAACAUUUUUGUCAACUAGUUUGUACCACGUAUACAUUUUGUACGUACUAGUAGUGCUCCCGUGAUAAGAACAAAAGAGACCACAGAUGUUGAAGCAUCGGCUUUGGCAUUCGCAGUGUGAACGUGCAUGUCUAUGCCAUGUUAGUUUAUCAAAAGCGUCGUCUUCGUUUGAGCCGGGCAUACGCUGCCUGAAGUGAGAUGUUUUGCGCAAGGCGCCGUGCUUGCGUACGAUGGACGACCUGCAGCUCGAGUUCUUGCUUCUGCCCCAUCAACCAAGCCGGAUGAGAAAGAACUCUGGGUGGUCGCAAAUCCGCUGACUUACCCGCGAGGCAUUUUUGGCACGCUGCGAACUGUAGUUUACCGCUGGGGUCUUCUGCAAACGCUUGCGGAUGUUUGCCGCUUGGCCUGUCGCCUGAUAUUUCCGCAGUGGGUCUUCCGAGGAGCAUACACGGAGCAUACCAUUGGUGAGGUAUCUACAAAUUGCAUCCGGGGGCUGUCCAAAUCAACCAAGGUCGCGUCGACAGUGGCACACCACCAGCACACGAUUGUGACUGCAAAACCGCCAGACACGCAGCUGGAGCCCGCAACUCGUCCUGACGGGCUGCACUUGACUACAGAUCUCUACCUUUCUCAGCAUGUGUCUUUGUCGCCAGCGUUUGUCAACGGGUUUCUGCGCCCCUUCUUCGAAGCCAUAUACGUGAGCCCACUUUCCUGCCAGCGCGCUGCGCUUUUUAAUUUCGUUCUGCGGAUGCUUGCGGUUGGUGGCGCAGCCCUACCACCGCGAGGCAUACGAGGGGUACCGGAGCACUUGCUGGAGCAAAUUCAGGAUAGAACCCGUCACAGCAAAAAUCUAUCGCUCAGUUGCGUUUUUGGAACUCAAGUUUCGGCCAUCGAGCAGGUUGCGGGCGGCUCGCGGCUCUCGGUCCGAUGCAAGCCCUCACAAGGAAACUCGACGAGAACCACGCGCGAACUAGUAUAUGACUUCGUCAUACUUGCAACUGACUGGGCUGCUGCCCACCGGCUGUUGGAGCCUUAUUUGUGCAGCAAGAAAGCGGCGAACGAGCACGAUGCUGCAGGAUGUUUAGAAGAUGAAGACAAGCCACUGUACACUGAGAGCGCGACCUACUAUUUCAGUCUCCCCGCCGAAGAGCUACCGGUUACCGAGCCACUGAUCGUGCUCCACUCUUACGAUGUUGACGAAGCAGCGGUACUAGCGGCAAAUAACGAUCGAGGGCCUGCUCCCUUGGAAGAGCCGCUUCUAGGAGGGGGUGCAGCUUCAGCUUCUACUGAGCGUGCUGUCGCUGGCAACAAGCCAAAGGACUUCUAUCCGUUCCGGGUCUCUAAUGUGGGCUUUCCCUCCGUCGUCCAAAGCUCGUACGCCCCGCAACGGAAGCACCUUCUUGCUGCCACUGUGAUGCGAACAGACUACGGGGCGAUAGGCGCAGCCGCGGCCCCAACCGGGACGAGAGGAAACGAUGACAAGGCGGCGACUGCGUGGCCGGGUGAGGGCUGGGUGUUGCAAGAGGUAGUUUCCAUGCUCAGACUCGACCACCAUGGGCGUGGGACGAAAAGAUCGCCAAAUAAAGAAAAUAUGAGUCUGCUGACUUCGUGGAAGUUUCUGAAACGGUUCGUCAUUCCCUUUCACCAGCCUCACCACGGCUGUGGGAUGAGCCGAGUGGUCUUCGGCCACCAAGGUCGGAUCAUUGCUUGCGGCGAUUACACCUGCGACCCGACUCUGGAUGGAGCCAUGCGGUCUGGUAGUAGAGCGGCCGAACUAGUGGCGCAGUCCGUACUAUCACUUUAACUGACGACGUGAAGAAAGCCAUACUUUGAAAUAAAAGCGUUGGUUCGUUCUGCACAACACUUCUUCAAUACGGUCUGUCCUGCUAUCGUGCACGCUUUCCGUUUCUGGUCGUACUCAUUUCUGAAGAUGGCGAUGCUCUGAAGACACUAUGUGCAUGCCAUGAGCUCCUGUCACUUUAACCGCAUGGGUUCAUACCUUUGGACAAGUGGAAACUGCGACAGGAUUCAUUAUCAAGAUCGGAGAGAAAGACGAGAGGAACCAUUCAUAGUAUUUCGACGUUAUACAUUUCGUCGAAAUUAUUAGUAAAUCGGUCCAGUGAUCAAAGCAACACCGGCGUGCAAAGCGCGUUUCCCAAGCUAGCAUUAGUACGCCCUCAUUAAUUUUUGUCAAAAA